AUGCCACCAGCUGGCCCGGCCUGUACCCCUGCAUGUGUAGGAGGUGCAGCGUGUUAUGCAGGAGCUUGUCAGUGCGCUCAACCGACCGUUGUCUACAACCCCGUUGUUGGUUGUUCCCCACCCAUGGUGGCACCAGUUCCAGUAGCGCCAGCUCCCGUAGUCACUGGCCGCCUGAUCCCACAGGCUCUCCCCGGUUCUCCCUGUGAGCCCGGAGUCGAAUGCACUGGCGGUUCGGUCUGCUCGCUGGGCGUCUGUCUCUGCCCACCGGAACUCGUGCAAGAGGGUACUGUAUGUGUGACUCGUACCGUCUACAGUGUCGCGCCUCCUCCUCCAGUUGCAGUGCCGGCUGUACCAGUAAGUUCCUAUUUCCCAGAUCUGCUCC